CCGCGAUUCCCCCACUUGAGCUCGGUAUGGGCUUCCAUUCAUCCAUCCUUCAUCGCUUGAAUACAGCCAGCAUAACCUCACCUGAUUGCCACUUCCAUAGUGGCGGUUAUCUUGGCAGCUGGUACUUAAGAAGCUUGAAUCACUCAGAAAUCAGACCCAAUUGAUCAAUAAUAUCUUCUUAAUUAAGAACCAUUUCAUCUCAUCUCGAUAAUACUGGUUGACCAUCUCGCUCCAUCCGUCCACUACCAUGUCAGCCAAACACUUUGUCAACGACCCAACCCACCUCGUCUCCUCAGCUCUCCAUAGUCUCACCCUCACCAAUCCGUCGCUCGCCCUAGAUCCAGACUUCAAAGUCAUCUAUCGUCGUCCUGAUUCCAAUGCCAAAGCACAAGUGUCCAUUAUCUCAGGUGGUGGCUCCGGCCAUGAGCCCUCCUUCGCCGGCAUGGUGGGCCAAGGCAUGCUCUCCGCAGCUGUAGCUGGAACCAUCUUCGCAUCUCCCUCAGCAGAACAAAUACGUACAGCAAUUACCUCUCGUGUCGAUACGUCAAAAGGCGUCCUGGUCACCGUAAUGAACUAUACCGGUGACGUCCUCAACUUUGGUAUGGCUGUUGAAAAGGCCAAGGCUGCAGGGCUUGAGGUUGAGAUGGUGGUUGUUGGCGACGAUGUUGGUGUUGGUCGUGCAAAGGCCGGAAAAGUUGGACGUCGUGGAAUUGCAGGUACAGUUCUCGUUCACAAAAUCUCAGGUGCCCUCGCAGCUCUAGGAAAGCCACUUGAUCAGGUUGCCAAAUAUGCACAACUGACAGCAGACAACCUCGUCAGUGUGGGCGCCAGUCUUGAACAUGUGCAUGUUCCUGGGCGAAAGGUCGAUACAGAGGGCAGUCUUGCGGCAGACGAGGUGGAGCUGGGAAUGGGUAUUCACAAUGAACCCGGCUCUGGCCGUGAGAAGGCUGAACUACCUGAUCUCGUAAGUAAAAUGCUCAAGCAAUUACUCGACACCGCAGACAAGGAUCGAGCUUUUGUGGACGUUAAUUCCAGAGAAGUUGUUCUCAUGAUCAACAACCUGGGAGGAGUCAGCGUUCUUGAGCUGGGCGGCAUCACUGCAGAAGUUGCGAGUCAGCUUGAGUCAAAUUACAGUAUCCGGCCCGUGAGAAUACUCAGUGGAACAUUCAUGACCAGUCUGAACGGUCUCGGCUUCAGCAUUUCCCUUCUUAAUGUGGUUUCGCCUGAUUUCGAAGCUCCAAGCAUGAUUGAAUUGCUUGAUGCUCCCAGUGAGGUGGUUGGAUGGUCCGCACCCGUUCAGGCCGGCACCUGGAAAACCAAGAAUACCAAUACAAGAACAGGCCGCGCUGGUGCUACAGGGGAUAUCAAGCCUAGUGGUUUAAAAACAGACCCUAGUGCCGCGCAAGCAGUAUUGAAGAAGGGCCUGCAAAAAGUGAUUGAUGCCGAGCCAGAGGUCACCCAUUACGAUACCAUCGUCGGAGAUGGCGAUUGUGGAAUCGGGUUGAAACGAGGCGCUGAAGCAAUCCUUAAGCACAUUGACGAGCAACCUCUUACCGGCGACGUUGUGGUGGAUCUCUCGUCAAUCGUAACAAUCGUGGAAACAGCCAUGGAUGGAACCUCUGGGGCUCUAUAUGCCAUCUUCCUCAACGCCUUGGUUCAUGCUCUUCGUGAGCUGUCACCCGGCACGGCCUCGCCCGAAGUCUGGGCCAAGGCCCUCAAGAUGAGUAGCGAUGCUUUGGCUAAGUACACGCCUGCUCGUCCUGGAGAUCGGACGUUGGUCGACGCCCUUCAUCCCUUCGUGGAAGCUCUCAACCAGACAGGAGACGUCAAGAACGCAGCUGACGCAGCACUGGAGGGGGCUAAUAAGACCAAGGGUAUGCAAGCCAGCCUGGGUCGGACGGUCUAUAUCGGAGGUAGUGGCUAUCAGGAGGUUCCCGAUCCUGGAGCCUGGGGAUUGGCCAGCUUCUUCCUGGGCUUGAGCAGUUAGGCAGUCUUACGACCUCUGCCUCUGCCUCGAGGUCGAAGAUGGAGAUGUAAGCCAGUAAGGUCGAGAUACUCGGCAGUGUGCAAAUAUUGAUAACACGUGUAAUGAACAAAUAUGGUAUGCGAAAAUCAACAUGUUUUCAACG